UCUCAGAAAACAUAAUGUCUUCUUCUUCUUUCUCUAUCAAUCUUGCUCCCUCCCAUUUCUUGAAGUGGGCCCCGCCGUCAAACCACCACCAUCAUCAUCACCAACAACACCACCACCCGAGCCAACAUGUUUCCUCAGUUGCCAUAGCAGGGUGUUCUUCAUGCUUUUAGCUUCCAAAUGUGUGAUUGCAAAACUUGAGUGGAAACCUUUAUAUUGCUACCUCGUGGACGUUAUGCGGCAGUUUAUAAAUACCGAAAGGCAAGUUCAAAUAUCAAAUGUAGGUUGAUGAGGAUGAGAUUUAUUGGACACAGAAGAGCAAAAGCAGUAAGGAGCUACGUGGUUCAACUCGUGUGAUACCACAGUCAGUUCAAUGUUUUAUUAAUGCUAUGGUUGGACCACGAUCAUGGACAGGACUGUUUAGCCGCUCAAGCAACAAACGUAAUGGGAAGUAUGUUGACUACCCUUUGAGUCCUAUGCAGGAGCAGAGACUUUUGGGGCUUCAAGAACGACUACAAGUACCUUUUGACGAGACUCGCCCUGAUCAUCAAGAAGCCUUGAAAGCACUCUGGUAUGCUGCCUUUCCAGAUGUUGCUAUCAGUGGUUUGAUCUCUGAGCAAUGGAAAGAGAUGGGGUGGCAAGGUCCUAACCCAUCUACUGACUUUAGGAGUUGCGGUGUUAUUGCCCUUGAGAACUUGCUUUUCUUCGCCAGAACUUAUCCUGCAUCUUUCCGGAGAUUAUUGUUCAAGCAAGGUGGGAGACGAGCAACUUGGGAAUACCCAUUUGCUGUUGCUGGCAUAAACAUAUCAUUUAUGUUGAUUCAAUUGCUGGAUCUUUGGUCAGCAAGACCAAGGUGUCUUCCCGGGAUAAAUUUCGUGAAGUUAUUAGGAGAAGAUGAAGCUGCUUUUGAUGUUCUGUUCUGUAUAGCUUUUGAAAUGGUGGAUGCUCAAUGGCUUGCUAUGAAUGCAUCCUACAUGCAGUUUAAUGAUGUUCUGCAAGCAACGCGGACGCAGUUGGAAAGAGAACUAUCUUUAGAAGAUACUCAGAGAAUACAAGAUUUACCAGCUUAUAAUCUGUUGUACCAGUAGCAUUUUGGUAGUACAGAAAAACAUUAGCACGUGCGGUGCUUGGACUCGGAAAAAUUUCAAUGAAUUCAAAGGUCUCUGCAUAAAACAAUGGGAGAUCUUUUUCAUGGCCUCAUCAAAAAUCCAUUAUGACUUUACCCGAGUUGUUCCCAUUGGAUUCUGUUCGA